AUGGAUAAGUUUCGUAUGAUGUUCCAGUUUCUCCAAUCCAACCAGGAGUCUUUUAUGAAUGGAAUCUGUGGUAUCAUGGCACUAGCUAGUGCUCAAAUGUACUCAGCGUUUGAGUUCAGCUGUCCCUGUAUGCCAGAGUAUAACUACACCUAUGGGAUCGGACUGCUUCUUAUUCCUCCCAUAUGGUUCUUUUUGUUAGGUUUUGUAUUGAACAAUAAUGUGUCAGUGUUGGCAGAGGAGUGGAAAAGACCCACUGGGAAAAGAAUCAAGGAUCCAACAAUCCUGCGCUACAUGUUUUGCUCAAUCACACAGAGAUCUUUGAUUGCCCCUGCAGUGUGGGUGUCUGUCACUCUCAUGGAUGGGAAGAGCUUCCUCUGCGCUUUCAGCAUCAGCUUGGAUAUUGACAGGUUUGCGAAUUCCAGUGUCAUUCAAGGAAUGUCAGAGACGGAGAAGUUAAAAUUCCUGGCACGUAUCCCUUGUAAAGACCUGUUUGAGGAUAAGGAAUUAAGAGAGGCAGCAUCGAGAUACAUCAAGUGUAUAUCUCAGGCAUGCGGAUGGAUGGUUUUGCUCAUGAUGACCUUCACUGCCUUCCUGAUCCGAGCUAUUCGGCCAUGCUUCACCCAGGCCGCCUUCCUCAAAACCAAAUACUGGUCCCAUUAUAUUGACAUUGAACGCAAGAUGUUCGAUGAAACCUGUAAGGAGCACGCCAAGAGCUUUGCCAAGGUUUGCAUCCAGCAAUACUUUGAGAACAUCAGCGGAGAGAUGAGAAGCUUCCACCGCCAUCACAGCAAACACGACAGCGACAACGAAGAUGAAGACACGUGGAAGAGUGAUGAGGAAAAGCUGUUGGGUAUCAGAGCCCAGGAUGAUAUGAACAAAGUUUUGUGGAACUGGCACACCUGUAAGCCACCUCUGGCUCUGAGAAAAGAACAUGAAGAUGGUGAAAAAAAGGGGGAAAUGAAUGGAAACAUUAACGGGGAAAUAAAUGGGUUUGUAAAGAGCCACACUCACGAUGUGGAGAAAAAAGAGUGGGCGGUGUAUUACAGUAAGGUCUAA